CGGGGCCAGGCUCCAAGGCGCCGCCGCCAGGCUUCAAGGCGCCGCCGCCGGGGCCCGGCGGCGAAGGGCCCGGCCAUGCCUGGUCCGUCGGCGCCCGCCCGCUGCCGCCUCAGCCCGGCGACGACGGGCACAGCGCUCUGCGUGGCGUCGGUGGAGUGCCUCCGCCGGCAGCCAGCGGUCCGAGUGCGGACGGGCCUGCUGGCGCACCGGUUCCUGCUGGGCCAGUCCUGCCGCCCAAGCCUGGCUGCGAUGGUCCCUCGCCGAGCCGCGCCACAAAGGCCCCGCCACCGCCAGGGCCUGGUGGUGGCAAGCCUGGCACAUUGGCAGCGAGUCAACAUCGAAAUGCAGGCCAUGCUGGUGAUGCAGUGGUUUCUGGCCGGUUCGACAUCGCGGUAAAGGCCAUGCUGGCGCGACCUCAGAAACCAUAUUCCUUCAGCUCACUGCAGCCGAAUCUGCGCGGUGCCGCUGUCCCUUCGCCAGCGGCAACCACAACAGGCGCCGUGCAACAGCAGGUUGAGCCACGCCCCCCACUCCCUCCUGUGUCUUCCAACGCACCAGCGACGGCAAGCAGAUUGACGGUAAAAUGGUUUCCGCUGCCAGUGCCGCACGGAGACUUACGGCUCUGCCUGCAGUGGGAUGGCGAUUUGGAGUCGGAGCAGCUUCAGUAUGCGUCCCACCUGGUCGAAGAGAUCAUUGGGUGCGAUACGAGCGCCGUCGAGGAAGGCGAGCAUGCGGACUGUCACCUCGAGGAGUACUUGAUGACACCGGUGAUGUCCGCCGCGCCCCCACGAACCAGCUUGUACGCGGGCACGUGCGCCUUAGGCGCUGCCAACAACAUCAAUCUGCGAAGAAGCUGCGCGCGCAUGGCGCUGGUACUGGCGAUCGCGGCACGGUUCCGCGAGGUCGGCUCCGCUUUCCAGCGCAGCUACCCUGCGCUCGCGAACCUCCUGCACGAGGCCGAGGUCGUCGGAGUGCAUGCUGGCCUCUGACUUCGCUGCCUUCGCCGCCCAGUACCCGGACCCUGCACGCCCGCCGCCGCAGCCCGCGCAGCACUGCGAGCCCCCAGGGCCGCCGCCUGGGCCACCGCCGCCUCCGGGCGCGGCGCUGCUGCCCGGCGAGGCGCAGCAGCCACGCGGGCCACCGCCGCCG